UGGGAAACGGCAUAUUUCCUCCAGCUGGAAUCAUGGACACUUCGUAUCCGCGUGAAGACUACCUGCCCAUGACGUCCCACAAGAAGGAAGCGUCUCCAACCGUCAUCACCGUCAGGCCGCCUGUAGUCCCGCGUGAUUACAUGAUUUGGUCCGUCUUCAACACCAUCUAUAUGAACCUCUGCUGCCUCGGCUUUGUAGCUCUUGCCUACUCUGUCAAGGCACGGGAUCAGAAGGUGUCUGGUGACCUGGAAGCUGCCCACCGCUAUGGCUCCAAAGCCAAAUGCUACAACGUCCUUGCCACAUUGUGGAAUGUGGUGCUGCCGCUAGUGCUCAUAGCUCUGGUGGUCACUGGUGUCCUCCACCUCUCCAAGCUGGCUCAGGAGUCCAUGGACUACUUGGCUUAUAGACUUUUUCCUACUGAGGAAGAUGACAAGAAGUGAGCCGGGGGCCUUGAGCCUUCCUGGAAACGUCUUUUGAUCAUUAAGAGACUGUCAACUGGUCUAACCCAACAACUGCACAAUACAGAAACCUUGGCUAGUUCUAAUUCAGGGCAUCUGGUUCAUUACAUGCAUGCAUUCAUGCAUCCUGGAACUCAUCUCAUAGCCCAGCCAUUCACACUGCAGCAGCUGUGGGCAUUCAUUUUUAGCAUCCUGCGCAGACCCACAGCCAGGCUGCCUGCUGCAGUGCUCUUUCCA